CCAUCAUGUUGGGUACGGUUCGUUUGGUGUUAGCAAUUGUUCCGUUCCUCGUUUUCGUGGUUGCUUCCUCCGGCGACAGAUCAUCAAACUUUCAGAAUUGCGUUUCUGCAUGUUAUGGAGACCAGUGUCAUCCUCAAACGACCCUUUCACUUGUCCUCCAGUUGACACGUUGGACGUGUACAGAUGACUGCAAGUACAAGUGCAUGCACAUGCUGACAGACGCUGCAGUCCGUGGAAGCUCAACGAUACACCAAUAUUACGGAAAGUGGCCUUUUUGGCGAUUCUUGGGAAUGCAAGAGCCCGCUUCUGUCGCGUUCUCGCUGUGGAAUAUGUACUAUCACAUCCAAGGAUGGCACCAGCUUCGCAGCAGAAUGCUGAAAGACCACCCAAUGCGACCCUACUAUUUAACAUGGGCCAUAGUGAGCAUUAACACCUGGCUCUGGUCUGCGGUUUUUCAUACAAGAGAUUUGCCCAACACGGAAAAGCUGGACUACUUCUCCGCUGCUCUAUCCAUCCUGUAUGCCUUGUAUUGCGCGGUUCUGCGGCUCUUCAAUCUAUACCCCACCCGGUCGCGUGAGGAUGGCCAUACGCAGUGCACCCCCGCAUUCCUCCUAUGGUCCUCUAUCUGCACUGUAGCUUACCUCGCCCAUGUAACCUAUCUCAGCAUUCUACCACGGUUCGACUACACCUAUAAUAUGGCCUUCAACCUCACUGUAGGCUUCACGCAUAAUUUGCUGUGGCUGUUAUAUUCCCUUCCUGCAUCGUUACCCCUCAUUCGACGCUUUCCUUCCAAACCACGAACAUAUAGACCAUCAUACGCAUCUAAAGCGGCAGCGUUUGUCGCGCUUACAACGGCUGCGACUGCUCUCGAGCUCUUCGAUUUCCCACCGUGGGGUCGCAUGAUCGAUGCCCACGCCUUGUGGCACCUUAGCACCGCCCCUAUCGCGAAGUUCUGGUAUGACUUCCUGAUCCAAGACUCAUUGGAUGAUGGAUGGAUGGAAUCAAAAAGUUAAAAAUGUCCAAGUGUCCAAAAGCUCCCGCUGUUCCCCGUCGUGUCUUCAAAGACUAUGCUUCCUCCGUUUCUUUGCAAGCACAAGUAGGGAAACUGUAGCGUUGUUAGCGUCUUCGUUUCCUCGCUUCAGCAUACCGCACCUAGUAUUGUAUCCAGGGAAUCCACCACAGAAGGCUCGAUCUCUAAAAAUGCACGCUGUGAUAUCAUACCCACCAUGACGUAGCGCUUGUGUGGGUAGUACGUUGCUAUGGGUUUUCGACUCGGCGCCCCGCCUUCAUCAAUGCUGCGAAGCUGUCACUUGUCAGCUGCUCCGUAUAAAUCAUGUUGUGCACAUUUCCAAACCUCAAAAUUUGGACCUGCUACAGCCCAAGAGAAAUAAUUCCCUUCGCCAUCAUCAAAUUCCCAUCGACUGCGUAUUGCAGUCAAGCGCUUGUGCAGCAUCACAGAAAUGAGUAUACCUCUGUCGAUCGUCUCCCUCAAU